GGAGGUAUAGAGGAUCAGUUACUUGCGUUUUAUUGUAAUAAUGGGGAUCAGGUAAUCGCCGUUCGUGGAACAAAAAAAAAUUGGCAUAUUUAAAUGGUGAAUGAAAAGGAGAGGAUGUAUAUUCCCGAGGAAAACCAUCAAGGCGCCAACUAUGGUAGCAGCCGAACUGUAUUUGCCCAUGGCCUUCCAAAUGCCAGGACGGACGGUCUGGCACCAGAGCACAUCCCAAGUCCUGGAGCUGCCUUGUCGUGGCAAGCAGCCAUCGACGCAGCCAGACAAGCCAAAGCCGCUGCGAUGAUGGGCAACAAUAUGGUCUCUACGGUCAACUCAACUCAAAGGAAAAGGCAACAGUAUAGCAAGCAGAAAAAACAAGCAAACGCCGCGACCACACGUCCACCACGGGCUCUCUUCUGCUUGACACUCAAAAACCCUCUGAGGCGAGCAUGUAUCAAUAUUGUCGAAUGGAAGCCCUUCGAAAUAAUUAUUCUGCUAACUAUUUUCGCUAAUUGUGUGGCCUUAGCCGUCUAUAUACCUUUCCCAGAGGACGACUCGAAUGCAACCAAUUCCAAUCUGGAACGGGUGGAAUAUCUCUUUCUCAUCAUUUUCACAGUGGAAGCAUUUUUGAAAGUAAUAGCUUAUGGGCUUCUGUUUCACCCUAAUGCGUACCUCAGGAAUGGCUGGAAUUUACUAGAUUUCAUUAUAGUGGUUGUAGGGCUUUUUAGUGCUAUUUUAGAACAAGCAACCAAAGCAGAGGGAAUUAACCCAAUUGGAGGUAAAGCUGCUGGAUUUGAUGUCAAAGCUCUAAGAGCAUUCAGAGUCCUACGACCAUUACGCCUAGUGUCUGGUGUUCCUAGCCUCCAGGUGGUGUUAAAUUCAAUCAUCAAGGCCAUGGUCCCAUUGCUACACAUUGCUUUGUUGGUGCUGUUUGUAAUUAUCAUCUAUGCCAUUAUAGGAUUAGAACUCUUUAUGGGCAAAAUGCACAAAACCUGCUUAUUUAAUGAAACAGAUUCAGUUGCUGAAGAGGAACCUGCACCCUGUAGCUUAAAUAUUGGACAUGGUCGUCGAUGUUCAAAUGGCACACUGUGCAAAAGUGGAUGGGUUGGCCCCAAUGAUGGAAUCACUAACUUCGAUAACUUUGCGUUUGCUAUGUUAACCGUAUUUCAGUGCAUCACCAUGGAGGGGUGGACUGAUGUCUUGUACUGGAUGCAGGAUGCCAUGGGCUAUGAGCUACCGUGGGUCUAUUUUGUGAGUCUGGUCAUCUUUGGAUCCUUCUUUGUUCUCAACCUGGUUCUUGGUGUGUUAAGCGGAGAGUUUUCCAAAGAAAGGGAGAAGGCCAAAGCUCGAGGUGAUUUUCAAAAGUUGAGGGAGAAACAACAGUUAGAGGAAGAUCUCAAAGGCUACCUGGAUUGGAUUACCCAAGCUGAAGAUAUAGAUCCAGAGAAUGAAGAUGAGGGAAUGGAUGAAGAUAAACCUAGAAAUCUGAGCAUGCCCACUAGUGAAACUGAGUCUGUGAAUCAUGAGAAUGUGGCUGGAGCAGAAUUGGAAGAUUUGAACUGCUGCACAAAAGUUGGGCAUCGAAUUUCCAAGUCCAAGUUCAGUCGAUAUUGGCGAAGAUGGAACCGAUUUUGCAGGAGAAAAUGUAGAGCUGGAGUGAAAUCUAGUGUGUUUUAUUGGCUUGUAAUAUUUCUUGUUUUCCUCAACACCCUCACUAUUGCCUCCGAACACUACAACCAGCCUGAAUGGCUUACCCUAGUUCAAGACACUGCAAACAAAGUCCUUUUGGCACUUUUCACUGGCGAAAUGCUACUCAAGAUGUACAGCCUUGGACUUCAAGCUUAUUUUGUAUCACUUUUUAACCGCUUUGACUGUUUCAUUGUCUGUGGGGGAAUCCUUGAGACUAUUCUAGUGGAGACCAAAAUUAUGUCCCCACUUGGUAUUUCAGUGCUUCGCUGUGUGCGACUUCUGAGAAUAUUUAAAAUUACAAGAUAUUGGAAUUCCUUGAGUAACUUGGUUGCUUCCCUCUUGAAUUCAGUUCGAUCAAUUGCAUCUUUGUUGCUGCUCCUGUUCCUUUUUAUUAUAAUUUUUUCACUCUUGGGAAUGCAACUUUUUGGAGGAAAGUUUAACUUUGAUGAGAUGGAAACAAAACGGAGUACAUUUGAUAACUUUCCUCAGUCCCUUCUCACUGUCUUCCAGAUUCUUACAGGUGAAGACUGGAAUUCAGUGAUGUAUGAUGGCAUAAGGGCAUAUGGAGGGCCAUCAUUCCCUGGAAUGCUGGUUUGUAUUUACUUCAUCAUCCUAUUCAUCUGUGGGAACUAUAUACUAUUAAAUGUAUUCUUGGCCAUCGCUGUAGACAAUCUGGCUGACGCUGAAAGUUUGACUUCUGCCCAGAAGGAGGAGGAAGAAGAGAAAGAACGCAGAAAGCUAGCAAGGAACUCUAGCCCAGAAAAAUCAACUGAUAAUGAAAAGCAACCAAUAGAUGAGGAGAAGAAAUUGGAGAAAAUUGAACUAAAGACGAUCACUGCAGAUGGAGAUGUGCCUCCUGCUACAAAGAUUGAAUUGGAAGACUAUCAGGUUGAGGACAACGAGGAGAAGAAUCCUUAUCCUACCAAUGAAUUCCCAGGAGAUGAAGAUGACGAGGAACCAGAAAUGCCUGUAGGACCACGUCCUCGGCCACUCUCUGAACUGCAUAUAAAAGAGAAGGCUGUUCCCAUGCCCGAUGCCAGUGCAUUCUUUGUCUUCAGUACUACAAACAGAUUCCGGGUACUGUGCCACAGGAUCGUCAAUGACAACAUUUUUACAAAUCUCAUUUUGUUCUUCAUCCUCAUGAGUAGUAUUUCUUUGGCAGCAGAAGAUCCUGUCCACCAGAACACAAGAAGAAACCAAGUGCUUACCUAUGCAGAUUAUGUCUUCACUAGUAUCUUCACAGUAGAGAUCAUAUUAAAGAUGACCGCCUAUGGUGCAUUCAUUCACAAAGGCUCCUUCUGCAGGAAUUAUUUCAACAUACUUGACCUGGUUGUGGUUAGCGUCUCUCUCAUAUCGUUUGGAAUGGACUCCAGCGCAAUAGCAGUAGUAAAGAUUCUAAGAGUGCUGCGAGUAUUAAGACCUUUGAGAGCCAUUAACAGAGCAAAGGGAUUGAAGCACGUUGUUCAAUGUGUGUUUGUGGCCCUGAGAACCAUUGGUAAUAUUGUGAUAGUCACCACAUUACUACAGUUCAUGUUUGCUUGUAUUGGUGUGCAGCUCUUCAAGGGGAAACUCUACACAUGCUCAGAUGGAUCCAAACAAAGAGAGUUUGAAUGCAAAGGGCAGUAUAUUUUGUACAAAGAUGGAGAUGUAAAUCAGCCAAUGAUAAGAGAUCGAAAAUGGGAGAAUAGUGAAUUCAACUUUGACGAUGUCCCCUCUGCAAUGAUGGCUCUAUUCACUGUCUCAACCUUUGAAGGAUGGCCACAGUUGCUUUAUCGAGCCAUCGAUUCUCAUACAGAGGAUGCAGGUCCAAUUUACAACUACAGAGUGGAGAUAUCAAUCUUCUUCAUCAUCUAUAUCAUCGUUAUUGCUUUCUUCAUGAUGAAUAUUUUUGUAGGUUUUGUCAUCGUCACAUUUCAGGAGCAGGGGGAACAGGAAUACAAAAACUGUGAACUGGAUAAAAAUCAGCGUCAGUGUGUUGAAUAUGCCUUGAAGGCUCGGCCUCUUCGGCGGUAUAUCCCGAAGAAUACUUACCAGUACAAAGUGUGGUAUGUGGUAAAUUCCACCUACUUCGAAUACCUGAUGUUUGUCUUGAUCCUCCUGAAUACAAUCUGCUUGGCUAUGCAGCACUAUGGCCAAUCACAGACAUUUGGUCAAGCCAUGGAUGUCCUUAAUAUGCUCUUCACCGGGCUGUUCACGGUUGAAAUGAUUUUGAAGUUAAUUGCAUUCAAGCCCAGAGGUUACUUUAGUGAUCCCUGGAAUGUUUUUGACUUCCUCAUCGUAAUUGGCAGCAUAAUAGACGUCAUUCUGAGUGAGAUCAAUCCAGCUGAGAACACCCCAUCCACAUCCACUCCUAUGGUACUCCAGAAUUCAGAUGAAAACUCAAGGAUUUCCAUUACGUUCUUCCGUCUAUUUCGGGUGAUGCGUUUGGUGAAGCUAUUAAGUCGAGGUGAGGGAAUCCGAACAUUGCUAUGGACAUUCAUCAAAUCAUUUCAGGCACUGCCAUACGUUGCUCUUCUAAUUGUUAUGCUGUUCUUCAUCUAUGCUGUGAUUGGAAUGCAAGUGUUUGGUAAGAUUGCCAUGAUUGAUGGGACUCAAAUCAACAGGAACAACAAUUUUCAAACCUUCCCACAGGCUGUUCUGUUGCUCUUCAGAUGUGCUACAGGUGAGGCCUGGCAGGAGAUCAUGUUAUCUUGUCUCCCAGGAAGACAUUGUGAAAAAGAGCCAACACGUCAUGAAACAGAGCUUAACUGUGGAACUUAUUUUGCUUUCUUCUACUUUGUUAGUUUCUACAUGCUGUGUGCCUUCUUGAUUAUCAACCUCUUUGUAGCUGUAAUCAUGGAUAAUUUUGAUUAUUUAACCCGUGAUUGGUCUAUUCUUGGUCCACAUCAUCUGGAUGAAUUUAAGAGAAUCUGGGCUGAGUACGAUCCUGAGGCCAAGGGUCGCAUCAAGCACUUAGAUGUGGUUACUCUCCUGAGAAGGAUACAACCGCCUUUGGGAUUUGGCAAGUUGUGUCCACAUAGAGUGGCCUGCAAACGCUUGGUAUCCAUGAAUAUGCCUUUAAACAGUGAUGGCACAGUCAUGUUCAAUGCAACUCUCUUUGCAUUGGUUCGCACUGCAUUAAGGAUCAAAACUGAAGGUAAUUUGGAACAAGCAAACGAAGAACUUCGAGCAAUUAUUAAAAAAAUCUGGAAACGUACAAGCAUGAAAUUGUUGGAUCAGGUCGUGCCACCAGCAGGAGAUGAUGAAGUUACUGUUGGAAAAUUCUAUGCUACAUUCUUAAUCCAGGAUUACUUCAGAAAAUUCAAAAAGCGCAAAGAACAAGGCAUUGUUGGGAAAGCAGUGCAGAAAAAUGCAUUGUCUCUACAGGCAGGUCUGCGUACCUUACAUGACAUUGGCCCUGAGAUUCGUCGUGCAAUAUCUGGGGACCUGACAGCAGAAGAAGAACUGGAAAAAGCGAUGAAAGAGGCUGCUUCAGCUGCCUCAGAAGAUGACAUUUUCAGGAGGGCUGGUGGUUUAUUUGGGAACCAUGUUGGCUAUUAUCCAAGUGAUUGUAGAGGCUCCUUUCCACAAACGUUCACCACACAGCGUCCUUUGCACCUCAAUAAAUCAGGGACUUCUCAAGUUGAAGUAGAAUCACCAUCACAUGAGAAACUGGUUGAUUCAACCUUCACUCCAAGCAGCUAUUCAUCAUCUGGGUCAAAUGCCAAUAUCAACAAUGCCAAUAAUACUGCAAUAUCCAGAUUCCCAAUUCCAGUCAACUACCAAAGCACUGUCAGCACAGUGGAUGGUCAUAGCAAUUCACUGACUUCAGCACUUAUAUUGCAAGGCACAACAUGGAGGAUCAAUCCCAAAAGGACUCGGUAUUAUGAAACACUGGUACGUUCAGACUCUGAAGAUAGCAGUUUGCCAAUUAUUCAGCGAGAGGAAGCAUAUCCUGAUGAAAUUUAUGAUGAGAACUUCAAUGAAGAUCCCAAUUGCCGUAGUGAGGACAGCAUACUUUCUUCACAGCUGAAUUCAUAUAAAGAGCAUGAUGAAAAACAGCUCACUCCACCGGUGGAUUGCUGUGAGGCAAGUGAUAAAAAGACCCUGUCUCCUUCAAAGGGACUUCUUUCAGCAACAUCAUUAGGGAGAAGAUCAUCAUUUCACCUGGAGUGCCUAAAGAGACAGAAGAAUCAGGGCUUGGAAGUUCCUGGCACAACUCCACUCUCUCAGAGGACAGCAUUCCCACUGCAUUUAAUUCAGCAGCAGGCAUUGGCUGUUGCAGGACUAAAUCCACUGCUGAGGAGAAGCCAUUCUCCAACACAAUUUUCCAGAGUGUGCGCCACCCCUCCAACAACUCCAUGUAGUAGAAGGAGAUUGCAACAUCGUAUUCCAACAUUAUUUCUUGAUGGCGUUGAAUCCUACGAGAAACUAAACAGCAGCCUUCCAUCAGUAAACUGUAGCUCAUGGAAUUCUGACAACUCAACUGGAAAUAACAAAAAAACCAGGCCAGUCUCUCUGAAUGUACCUUACCCUUUCAGGGAAACCGGAACGGACUUUCAUGGCAGUGCUAGUAGUUUAGUUGGGGCGGUCCUGAUCUCGGAAGGACUUGGUCGAUAUGCACAAGACCCAAAAUUUGUUGCUGCAACAGCCCAUGAAAUUGCAGAUGCUUGCGAUAUGACAAUCGAGGAGAUGGAAAAUGCAGCAGGCAACUUACUUAAUGGCAAAGCUAAGGGUAGCCCAAAUGGUAAUCUGUUACCCUUUGUGAACUGCAGAGACUACCAGCAACAGGAUAUUGUGCAAGAUUGCACAGAAGAAGGGCAGGACUGUGAAAAAAGUGAUAAGCAAUUUGCAGAUGAGAUGAUUUAUGUAAGCACCCUGUAGUAUAAG